AUGCCGAUGAGUCGUACACCCACAAAAGGUGGUCAACAAAUGGACAAAAGUAGUGAAGAAUCGAAAGGAUUUAAAGGGUUUGAAGACGAUUCAACAGUGAGUGAUAGCAAAGCCAUGGAAAAAUUGGUUCCUCUAUUCCGGCAGCGGAAUCAAGUAAUGCAGAAGGUGUCCCGUAUGCACGAUGCCGUUGAAAAUGAAGAGGCACCUGUGACGCUGGCGCAGUUAAAAGUGUUUUCAAAGAAACUGCAGUCUGCAUACGAUGAAUUUUCGGGGUUUCACAGUCAGAUUAUUGCAGCCGUUCCAGAAAACGAAAUGAAUGGGCAGGAAGAGGAGUAUAUUUUAUUCGAGGAACUGUUCGAUGAGACGUCUGCCAUAGUCGAGUCACUCCUCAUACGAAUGGAGAAGCCACAAGUUCCAUUGUCAUCAAGCCCGCAAGUGAUUGUCCAUCAACAGCCAUUGAAAGCACCUAUCCCGACUUUCGAUGGUGAUUACGCGAAGUGGCCAAAGUUCAAGGCCAUGUUCCAGGACGUCAUGGCUCAAUCGCGAGAUUCGGACGCGAUCAAGCUAUACCAUCUGGAUAAGGCCCUCAUCGAUAAAGCUGCAGGGGUGUUGGACGCAAAAACCAUUAACGAGGCCAAUUACGAGCACGCUUGGAGAAUAUUGACCGAGCGUUAUGAAAACAAACGUAUUAUAGUGGAGAUGCACAUUCGCGGUCUUUUAACACUGCCGAAAAUGGAAACCGAAUCCCAUACAGAACUUCGACACCUACUAGACAAAUGCAAUAAUCAUGUCGAGAGUCUCGAAUAUUUGAAGCAAGAAUUGAUUGGUGUAUCGGAACUAAUGGUUAUUUAUCUCCUGACGUCAGCAUUGGACAAAGCCACCCGCAAGCAUUGGGAACAGACGAUGAAGCCGGGGGAAUUGCCGAACUACAACUUAACAAUUAGUUUCCUGAAAUCCCAGUGCCAAGUUUUAGAAAGGUGCGAAAAUGCUCAUUAUCCUUCGUAUCCGAAGAAGACAAUAACUACCACUAAAGGAGUGAGUCAUCGAUCCUAUGCAGCUACGUCAAUUCAGGAGCCACCUACCGACAAGUGCGAUUUUUGUAGUGAACAGCAUCGUAACUUCCAGUGCAACAAACUUAACGCCAUGUCCGCAUCGGAGAAGAUCGAAAAGGUUCGUUCUGCGGGCGUGUGUUUCAACUGCCUGCGGAAAGGUCACAGAUCCAAGGAGUGUCCAUCACCAAGGAGCUGUCGCAAAUGCCAGAGACGUCAUCAUACACAGCUGCACGAAGACGAAGUAACGUCGAACGUGAAUUACAACUCUAAAAGUGAAACUUGCACAUCGAAGAUAACUCUUGUCGACGAAGAUUUAACAACGAAGCAGUCAAAUGAAACAAACGUGCUCAGCACUUGUUCCUGCAACCACGCCAGAACAACGAAAACAGUAUUGCUUCUCACCGCUGUCGUUCUGGUUAUGGACAAAGAUAAACAACCACAUCAAUGCCGCGUCUUGCUUGAUAGUGGGUCUCAGGUCAAUUUCCUGACCGAACGGAUGGCCAACAUACUUGGCAUUCCGAAACAACGAGCCAGUGUACAGAUCGCUGGAAUUAAUAACCUCAGAACCAUCGCACGAGAUAAAGUGGAAGUAGAUUUCCAAUCGAGAUGCAGCGAAUACCGCGCCAGACUGGAAUGCUUAGUGACGCCGGAAAUAACCGGAAAGAUCCCAUCUGUAUUGAUAAACGUCGAAGAAUGGAACAUUCCGACUAACAUCAUGCUUGCAGAUCCGAACUUCUUCAAACCUGAACAAAUCGACAUGCUUAUAGGAAUGGAGCUUUUUUUCAAUCUGUUGAAGCCUGAUCACAUCACUAAUGACGAAAACAUCCCCGAUUUACGAGACUCGCAUCUGGGAUGGCUGGUCACAGGAACUGUGAGCAGCAACGUAAAUACCCUAUAUUCGCAAGUGGCAUCAGUCGAAUCGAUUGAGGAAUCGAUGCAGAAAUUUUGGCAGGUCGAAGAAUUAGCAGAUACUACUACAUUUUCAUCCGAAGAACAACGCUGCGAAGAACAUUUCGUAUCCACACAUUCCCGUGACGUUAGCGGAAGGUUUGUAGUGAGACUUCCGCUCAAAGAAAAUGCAGCCGAACUGGAAAGUUGCCGAGCUUUGGCAUUAAAGCGAUUUUUCAUGCUAGAGAGCCGAUUUCUUCGAAACCCAGAACUGAAGAUGCAGUAUGUGGAUUUUAUUCGCGAAUAUCGACUACUCAAUCAUUGUCGACAAGUGGACGAAUCGAAGGACAACCCGUUGCUGAAGUCAUACUAUAUGCCUCAUCAUGCAGUACUCCGACCCGAUAGCUCUAGUACCAAAUAUACAGAAGACGAUGAGGUUUUAACUCCUAAUCACUUUCUGUUAGGUUGCGCUGGUGAAGCUGUCAUUACGAUCGACGACGUUUCCAAAGCAGAAGCAACUCGUCAACACUGGAAAAGAGCGCAAUCAAUUGUUAAGGGAUAUUGGAAUCGGUGGAUAAAAGAAUACCUCCCAACCCUAACUAAAAGAAAUAAAUGGUUGGAGAAGACUAAACCUAUAAAGGUAGGGGAUAUCGUGGUUUUUGCCGAUGAAGAAAAGAAAGGUAAAUGGCAUAAGGGCAAGGUGAUAAGAACAACAACUAAUAUGGAUGGGCAAGUUAGAUCCGCUACCGUGGAAACAAUUAAAGGUGAAAUUACUAGACCAGCUGUAAAAUUAGCAGUAUUAGAUGUAAGUAAGAACAAUGAAAUCGAGAGCUCAAAAGAUACCACUAUUUCCUCACCACCUCUUAACUUUGUUGGAGUAAUUAAAAGUGCCCCAGGGAGUAAAGAGGAAAUUAAGGGACCGCGAAAUCCUCAAGAAUGGGGAGUAAGAAAAACGGUUAACAUCGAGCAUGUAAAAGAGCUGGCGUCAAAAUUGAAACCGAAGCCACAAACAAAAAAGAAAGUCAUAGGUAAAAUAAGACCAUAUACCGGCACGAUACAAAAGGCUAUCGUAACCGCAAUGGCAAUUCUAGUACUGAUGGAAAUUUAA